GUACAAUAUGGCUUGUAUAUUUGAAUACAUCGUGAUGCAUUGAAUUUGUAAAGAUUUUGCCGAGUACGAAACUGAAUGUUAUAGACACAGUGCGAAAAACGUAAAAGUAAAAGGAACGGUUGGGUCAUUGGUGAACACUACUGCAUCAUAAUACUUAUGGAAUGUAUGGAAACAGUGACAAACCAGUGGACUUCAGCAAGAAGCCUCGCGUUGUCCCAAGAAAAAUUAAAAACAAUGUCUACAAAGGACUUACUUACAGGGAGCUUGGCUAUAACUUAGGAAGAGCUAAUCCCGACUUUGAAGCAGUUGCUGAAGAUAAACUUGUGACGAAGAAUUAUCUGGAAAUGAGAUGUGAACUUCCUGCACAAACGAGAUCAACUUUUUUAAUGGUGUUCAGUCCAGAUGGGAAGAAAGUGGCGUCAACGCAUGGCAAUCACAAUGUUUAUGUUACUGAUUUGACAACUGGAAAGAAUAUAAACACACUAUCUGGACAUCCAAGAACUCCUUGGUGUAUUGCAUUUCAUCCUUCAUCAAAUCAGAUUUUAGCAACUGGCUGUCUUGGUGGUCAGGUUAGAGUUUGGGACCUUCAUGGAGGAAGUGAGGUUUGGAAGGCUGAAGGUCAAACUGUAAUUGCAUCACUUGCUUUUCAUCCAACUAACCGUAUGCUUGUAAUUGCUACAUACAAUGAGUUGCAUUUCUGGGACUGGAGUCAAUCUGCACCAUUUGCCAAGUGCUACACAAAAAAUGAGAGAGAAAAACUCAGGUAUGUGGCUUUUGAUCCUCUUGGCCAUAAGCUGAUCACUGGAAUCUCCAAUGUGCCACCACACUCAACUCAGUGGGACCGUUCAGCAGGUAGCCAUCAUCUUAGUCAUCACCACCAUCUGUACCACCAUCAGCCUUUCCAUCGUACAGCUGCUAGACAUCACGCAUUGUAUUGCACCCAUCAUCAGCAAUCAACAAAUGUGCCUGGUGAACGGAGUGAGGAACAGUUGGAAAGGGAUGGCAGAUUUAAUGAUGGGAUUUCAUAUCUUUCAUCUCCACGUGAAGGCAGAACACAAAAUGGCACUUGGGAAGUUACAAGCUCAUCUACAUCUGCCACCAGUCCACCACCCGACUAUGAGAGACGCAUCUCUGUCUGCUAUAGAUCAUUAGCACAGCGGUACGAGCAGCUGCUCCAACGAUAUUUUGAUCUUGUGCGUCCUCGUUUUGUGGUUACGACUGAUCGUGGAACUGACCCAAUGGAGGCAGAGGAAACCAGUGGAUCCAUUAACAAUGCAGCGACGUCAAACAGUACAAAUCGAUGCACAUGUAACAAUACAGCUACAAGUACAGACAAUAAUUGGACUGUGAGAAAUAGUAGUAGUAGUACAACAGCUACUACCUCAAAGACCAAAGCCCGAAAAUCAACUAGGGGAUUUUCUAGUGCAGUAGAUUCUUCCUCUAAUUCAAGUGCUUCCAAUGUAAAUGGGGCUCGAGCUGUCAACAGCCAAGCAAGGAGCAACUCGUGUCCUUGCUUCCACGAGGGCAGCACUGGAAAUGUCAGCAUGUGCUGCAGAAUUUGUCCAAGUAGUUCCAGUUCAUCAUUAGGGAAAUGCAGCCAUACACCUGCUGCAGUUGGUUCAAGUGGAGUUAGGUCUACUUUAACACUUGAUGCUAGUAACUCAACAAACUGUGCUAAUGUGCAGUCAGAUGAUCGCCAAGCACUGCCGAAUGUCCUGUGUCCUAGACCCAUAGGCAUUGUUUGUAAUGAAGGGUUUAGUCGUAAACCAGAAGGUCAGACUUCACAAAGUGCUAACAGUUUAUCUGUGAACUUUUCAAGUCGUGAAACAUCAGAUACAUCACAUAUGCCUAAUGAAAACAGGUUAUCUUCUACUACCAUGACAAGACCACCCGAAUCAGUGGUCACCGUAACAACGUACAACAGGACGGAAACAGAGCAAGCAGAACACGCAGCAAUCAUAGAUCCAGCUUCUACAAGAACUGUCCCUGACAUGGAAGAUCAAAAUGAUUUUGAUGAACAAGAGACAAGUGGUGUGGUCAAUAUUGAUCAGGAAACUACACUUUUACCAUCUACACAGACAGGCAGUUCACCAACCUGUACAUUAACGUCACAGAUAUAUGAACAGCAUUCUCCAAAUGAUGAUGUCUCAUCCACCAGGAGGAAGUUAACAGGACAACCACCACCUCAGGCUCAAGCAGAGUGCACCAUAAGUAAUAAUCAUCAAAGGCAACUUGCGGGUGCAGAACAGGAGUUGACAUCCCACCAAGAUGAUGAUCAGCAGCAGCAGCAGCUGCCAAGUGAGCCUCCAUCACAAAGUACAUCUCAUGUUGGUGCAACUUCUGCUAUGUAUAGAGAUGUGAGGAGACUUCGUUAUGGAAUAUACUGCUUAAAUCAACAGAUUGACAGUAUUCAAAGACUUUGCAGAGCUCGCAUGGAAAUACUGCAGCUUCAGCAGAUACGACGUGUUUGGGGAAACCUUCAGCGUCAGAUGAAUUCACUUCAUGGAGCAGUUCACCAAACGCCUCAGUCAGAUUCACCAGGACUGGUAAUCACAGAGGAAGAUGAACCGUACCAACCAGCACGGGAACCAAAUGUGAGUCAGCUGCAGGAACCAAUUGUGAGUCAGCUGCUGGAGUUGGCUCGUAUCAGUGAUGGUGAACCUGCAGAUGAAUCUUCAGAACUUCAUGCCUCUAGCAGUUCUUCUGACUCUGAAAAUGAUGAGGCGACGGAAUGUGUCCAGUUCGUGACAGAAGAAGCUGCUCCAGUAGAGAUCUGUCAAGACCGAACUGAUGAUGGAGAGAUUGCAGCUAAAAGAGUUAAAAUAGAUCCACAGAGCUCUUCCACCAAAACUCAGUGGGAACAUGUUGCUGAUGGAGACAGUGCUGGUAGCAACGUUCAAAAUACUGCUGCAGAGUUAGCUACAGGCAGUGCUGAUUCUCCAAUUAACGAAAAGGGUCACAGGCAUGGGACUAUUGCAAAAAGUGGAAGAAACAAUAUGGAGGUAAACAGUUGCUCGUCAAGUAGACUAGCAAUGACAGAAGAAACUAGUGAAGUUAAUGCAGUUGAAUUACACUCAAGGCACAAUGGUUCAGUCCCAGAAGUAACAAACGAAUUCGCUGUAUCUAAAUCUAAUAUCCCAAGUGAAACAUUUCAGGAAACUGGAACUAAAGAGAUUGGAAGUCAUGUUACAAGGCAGGAGAGGCACUCUAUACAAGAACAGUCCACUCAAAUGAAAGGUGAGAAAUUAGUUGAACAUAAUUUGCCAGUUGCAGGAUUGAUGACCGCUGGUUGCAGCAGUGCCAGUUGUUCUACAUCACAGAAUUCUGACUAUACUGCUGCCCCUUCACAGACAUCUCGUGGUUUAAAAGUUUCUCCAGUACAUAGUAGUGGUAGGGGGAAGACAGGAAGAAAUAUAGAUGAUAUUACACCAAGAAAUACAUUGUCUCAUCAAGAACGUAUAAAUGAAAUGCAGAACAUGGUAAAAGGUUUGCAGGAGCGCAUAAAUCAAAGGAGAAUUGCUGAACAACAGGAAAUAACUCUACCAGAGAGAAAACCCACAUCAUUGUGGAAAUCCUGUCCAUCUCACAUGGCAAAGGUAGCAUCUACAAGAGUGAGCAGAAAUUGUGGAUCACAUCACCCUAAUACUACUCCUCUUCAUCCUAGUUUGCCUCGACUUCAGCCUACAACGUUACAUCUUGGUACCCACGUGGCUCAGCCUCAACCAAUAUAUACGACUGUCAGACCACAGGAAGUAGUUGCAAGUUCUCACUCAAGGCCAACAAAUCUAGUGCCACAUGGAAGCAUUUCAUGUAAAUCAUUUGAGCAAACACACAAUGAAAUGCGUACUUCAGAUAGUGAUAACGUUCAAGGAGAAGAGGUAUCACGUGUCACCAAAAAUGAGUCUUCAUCUACAGAAACGACAGAUAAACAGGAAUGUGGGAGAAAACUGGAUGACCCGAAGAAUAUAUCGUGUGUUCUAAGAACACGUUGUAAGGUUAAUUCACAAGAAAGUUUAAAUCAUGUUCAAUUGACAUCUGUAACCCAAAGAACUAAUGAGGAACGAGGAGAAAAUUCUGCUUCUAGUCAAUGUAAUAAUUCAACAGAACAAGAAAUCCCAAUACAGGAACUCUGGGGGGAAACCAAACAUAUACAAAAUUUGGUUAGGAGCUCCAAUGUUACGGCAGGUGUGUCCAACAAUGGUAGCAAUGAAACUGCAAGCGAGAAUGAAACAAUUUCUCAUUCAGAUUUGAUUGUUCCAUCACAAGAAGAAUUACCAUGUGCCACUACUGUCAUAAAUGUUACCAACAAACAAAAUGUUAACUGUUUGCAUCCAGGUAUGAACAGAACACACAAUGUCCAAAAUAAUUUUGUUGAUGCAAACCCUUGUAGUCCUGCUGGAAAUCCAGCUGAUCUGUUGUCAGAGACUGCAGCUUACCCAGCAAAUAUACACCCAUUUAUUCCUGGGGUUGUUACUAAUUUUUGUGGGAACCUCGGAGAAUCGUCGUCAGAUCGCCCAGAUGCUCAACAAAACACACAUCAAAAUUCUGCACCAGAGGAUUUGAGCUCUCCUGAAAGACGUGCAGUUAGUGUUGGUGACCAUUCAGCUCAAGUUAAUCCUUCUUGCCAACAGAAUGAUGAUAAUGAUGAUGAUGAUGGUGGUGAUGACGCACAUGGCAUGGAAAGUACACCAUCUAGUCUACAUUUUGGCAAUUCGUCAGUGCAGGGAGCUAGCACAAGAGCUACAGUUUCACGUUCAUCAUGGAGAUCUGGUGCAGUUGUAUCUCAGUCUGAAAGUUCACCUAAUGCUGUAAGGUGCCAUAUUGCCCAAAGACCGAAUCCUUCCAUAAUCCCAAGACAGGGUCCCCUGAUGUGUCCACAACCAGAUACACUGUUGUCACCAAGACCUGGCCCACUGCUGACACCAAGAGCAAGUCCUCUACUGAUACCAGGAUCUGUCCAAGCAUCACUAAGAUGUCCACGAAUGCUGCAUGUUGGAGGAAGAUACUACGUGCCCAGACCACGAUUUCAUCAUCGUACCGGACAUUGUUCACGAGGAAGAAUAUUUUCCCGCCCAGUCACGCCUGCUGAACAAUUACGAAGACCAUGGUUUCUGCAGACCCUCACUCAGACGUAUCGCAGCUCUACUGGGAGAUCGGGAGAAGAGCCUGGUGGAAGGUGCAAUGAGUUCGUACGUCAAAUUGGAGCCGCUCCACGAAAUCCAGUUUCAAGACCAACCAGAAGUUGUACUAACCAUAUGCAACAAAGAGGGAGCCAUGGAAGCAGUAAUCAAUGUGGUGAAAAUGGAGAGUCAUGUUUAAGAUGGAAGCAUUCAGUAGAAUCUUCCAAUGAUAAUUCUGAAAGGAAUUACAAUGAGCAGCAUGUUGAAUCUAUAUUACCAGCAUCUCCAAACAACCACAGGGAAACUGUGUUUGAGAGUAGAGUUGAGACUGCAGUGAAUAUGACUAAAGGCCAAACACUCAGUUGUGAUUCAGAGACAAGUGAACAGUCUGGGGAAAGCAGCUCAUCAAAACCAAGUGUAUCAGUUACAUCAGAGGAAUUUGUUCCUCUUAAUAGCAUGGCUUGUACUGAGUUGCCUGAGGCAGAAGUACAGCAACCAGUUCUCCCAUCAAGUUUGGAUAGUGGAGAGACCAGUACAGAUAUUAAAAAUGUCUGUGCCGGUGGCAAAACAGUUUCACAAGCUGUGUCUGAGAUCCCUCAUUCUUCCUUGUCACCUGUGUCUGGAAGCAAUGACUCUGCACCAUUUUGUACCCAUUUAGACACUCCUGCCAUGAAAAAAGGUGUGUCUCAUUCAGUCUCUCAGAAUGUUAGAUGCAGGGCUGAUCAGUCAGCAACAGUAAGGGAAAGUAUUCCUAGUUCAAGUUCACAUUCACAGUCAACUAUUAUUGAAAACAGUAACAGUUCACAGUGCACAGUUCUACAUAAGGGUGGCAUCACAGAAAAUGUCUCUCAAAAAUCUGUUGAAGCUUCUCUUAGUGAGAACUAUGGUGAAAGAACCAAGAAUGUGACUGCCUCACAGCUUCAGGAAUCGGUUGGACGAUCAACAGCUACACAGACACCAGGUCCUCCACUUGGACAGCCUGACCCUGUAGGGCCAUCAAUUGCAUCAGAUCCACCUGCUUUACAAAAUGGUGUGUGUCAGCAGUUUCCAAGAUAUGGGACCGGACAGACAGUACGAGAUAUAUUUGGUCGACUGCAGAGGCUCUUGGAUCAUGAGAGGAUGUACAGACAAUCAUUUAUGGAACCAAGAAAUCGAACAAACCCGCAGUCGACUAGACGAAGUGGCGGUGGUUUUAACACAACACCUGCACACUCAAAUACGGCAGCAGACGUGUGGGGUAGAUGGACUCGUCGCCAUUCUGAUAUUUUGCCAGAGAGAAAUGCAGAAGAUGAAGGAAUACCUUACACUGGGCAGGCAGCAAGUGUUGCAGCAGAGAGGCUCAUUUCCGCAUUGCAGACUGAGCUAUGUGAAACAGAGAGGCUGUAUCAGCGUAUUGUACAUUUACCAAGAACAGCUGCAAGUCGAGAUCAGGUUCCUGCUGCACCCUCACGAGAAACUACUAGGCAGCGUGCAAGACAAGUUUUGUGUGUAAUGGUUGAAAGCUUGACACAAGUUUUUGAAGAAAAUGACACAUUUCAUAACUUCUCUAGAGAUGAUUGUGACAGCAGAGUGCGAGUUUUUCUUUCAGAUAUUUACUUUCUGCUGCAGCUAUCAGUUGAACUUGUUGAUCUUCUGCUGGUACAGAUUGCUCGCCCAUGGGGUAAUGUGGGAACUCAGUUAGAAAGCCGAGUAGAAAGCACUUCCAACUCGAGCCACAACGUGAGGGAUCAAAUUUCACAUUCCCGACCCCGGGGGACGGGGUCAUUUCGCUUCUAUGCACGGCGUGGCAGUGGUGCACAACGACCAAGUGAUGGAUACUCAAGGCAGACGCCAGCUGGAGCUUCAGGAACAGUUCAUCCCAAUCCAGCAAGACCACUAUCAAGACACAGAACUGGCCGGUCACUUGGACGUGGCCCUUGGGUGAAUCGCUUUUCUGGUGCGCCAACUAGGUUCUUGCCAGGGAUGAUGCAGUGUACAGCUAGUGCAGAUGCAGAUCCACCUCAAGCAUCUAUAGUUUCACCGGUAAUGCAUGGGGAUUCAGAAAGGAAUGGUGCAAUCUCAAGAUCAAGCCGUCUUCCUGCAUCCCCAAGAGGAGUUCGUGGGCGUUCUCAGAGAGGAUCAAGCACCUCACAUGAUGGACACCACCAAAGGCAUAGCCACCUCUUUCACAAUUUUCAUAAUUACUGCCGGCAACCAGAAGAAGAGGAGCAGAAUCAGCAGCAGCACCCCCACCCAGAGCAGAAUCUCCAUUAUCACAAUCAGCAGCAACAUCAAAAUCAGCAAGAUGUAGACGAGGAGGAGGAGCAGCAACAACAACAACAACAACAACAACAACAAGAGGAGCAACAGCCACAACAAUUAUCACUGGGCAGCUGGCAGCAGCAGGGGCAGUCCCACCAGCAGCAGCACGAGCAUUUAGAACAACAAUCACCACAACGUGGAGGGCAUGUCCAGGAACGAAACUCUGAUUACCACAGUGAACAUUCGCAGGAUCAAAGAGGAAAUAAUAAUAGAGAGCGUGUCACAUCUGGAUCACAAGUAUUAAACUCAUCUCAUGAGAACAGGGAGCAAGCUCAGCGCAACUCUGACAUGUUUGCAGUUCCUGCAGUUCAGCUUAAUGAUGUUCCCAUAGCAGAUGUGGGACAGCUGAGCCAAAUUGAACCACCACAUAUACGUCCCCAGUCUCCACCAGCUAACCCAUUUGGAGUCGUGUCAAGGCAGAGUCAACAGAUGUUGGGAGGUUUACCGCCAUCAGAACGAUGGCUUGUUAACUUUGACGAGGUGUAUCCUAACCCAGGAUUAGCUAAUAGCAAUUCAAUGGCUGAAAGACGGCUAUACCCACCACUUCCAUUCAUGGGAUAUGGACAGGGACCUCAAAGUGAGCCCAGUAGUAGACCGUUCAGCAGCAGCUCUCCUGGCAGCAAUCGUGGGCCGAUUCAUAAUAGCCCACCUGUAAAUGAUGGCCACAUACAAAGACCACAGUCUGACAGUGGAAGUUGGACAUAUGGUGCUCCUACAGGCUGGCGAUCACGCUUCUUGCAUCCACGAUACGUGGGCCCAAAUAUGUUCAAUGAGGAAGCAUUUUCAUCAGUUGAAAAUUUCAGCUUUAUCAGAGGGCCUGAUACUGUGAUAAUAACAGAUGCUCCAAUGUCCCCCAAUCAUAGGAUUCAAGCAUGGGAUAUUUCAAAAUUCCACAUACCAGAUAUAAGUAAUGCUGAGAAGAAUGUUAUUGUCUCGGAAUGUAAAAUUCACAAUGAUGCAAGUGUUGAUGUUUCCAAAGAUGGUGCACUCCUUGUUACACUGUUGCCAUCCAAUCGCAUGUGUAUUACAGCAAUGCUUGGCGUAUAUAGUUUAGAAUGGGAGUCAUUGGGCCAGUGCCUGUACACCACAAGUUUUGAACAGAAUGCUGUGUCUGUGUCACUGUCUCCUGCCUGCCGACACCUGCUGGUGGGCCUUGCAUCACGGCGUAUCGUACUUCCAACUGAUCGCCCUACUGUAGCACAGAUUUUUCGUAUGGAAGAUGCAAAACCUGGUCGUUCAAUAGGAGGCCGUGGUCGCCUGUGUCACCUACGUGACAUUGAACAGAAUCGUGAAAAUAGCUUUACUAGUCUGAAUUGUAUCCGCUGGGCGCCCGAGCCUGGCCAAGGCCUAGUUUAUGGUACCAAUACUGGUACAUUGAAAGUGUUGCGCUAGAGUUUGUGUAUCAAAUUACUGGUCAUAUCUGUUGUAACUUGUUAAGUGACAUUUAAGGCCACUAUUGUAAAAUUUUGUUCAUUUAUUCGAUUUAAGCUGCGUAAGCAUUGUAUCACAUGUAUUGGACUGGAUGAUGAUAUCAGAACAUUCUCUAAGUUACAGUUUUGUCUCUAUAGCUUGUGUUUUUCACAGAUAUUUGGGGUUUAUCUGUUACAGCUAUAGUCUUGUAUAGUCACUCAUUCCAAUAUCAUUUACAAGGCAUUUGCACAUAUACUGAACAGAUACUGACAUUUCAUCAAAUGGCUACCAGUAUUAGAGGACGUUUUUAAACCUUACAACUGACAACAACUGUCUCUUUUU